AUGUUCGAGUCCUUCAACAAGAACAACCCCAUCCACCUAGUCAACAUGCGCUUCACCAUUGCCGCCAGCCUCGCCUUUGUCGGCGCCGCUCUUGCCGUGCCCUUGCCCGAAAAGCGCUCCCUGAUCACCGACGUUGGCAACGUCAUUGCCGACCUUGAGGCUGGCCUUGGUGUCACAGAGGUCACCGAGAAGCUCGACGAACUCCUCGGGGGUGGUCUGACCAAGCUUGAGGACGCCCUAGGCGUUACCUUUGCCGAGUAUGCUCUUGGCCUCCUGGAGGACGGUGCUGAGCCAGGCACCGUACAGGCCAUUGGUGAGGCUAUCGCCAUGCUGGAGGAUGGCCUGGGCGUCACCGCCGUGAAUGAGUUCUUGGAUGAGACCACGGGGGGAGCCAUCACAUCCAUUGAAGAUGCGCUUGGCGUGACCGAUGUUUUGGAGGCUCUGGGCCUCGCCUAA